UUUUAACAUUUUUUUUAUGGUAUAUUGCUUUAUAAUUGUGGUAUACUGCUGCCACCCAUGACUUUGCUUUUUCUAUUGAGGUCAAAGACUUUAAUUGUUGUAAAAUGAGACUAUAGUGAGAGAAAAUGUAAAAUUAAAAAAAUUGCCACACGGCUUUGGGAUCAGCUUUAAAAGAUUUGGCUUAAUUAUCAUUAUCAUUUGUCUAUUUAUCCACCUACAGUACUGUAACAGGUGAUUCUUUAUAGUCUGAAAAAGAUGAUCAUUGGGACCACUCCUCUAAAGCAAUAUGAAAUCCAUAUAGGUGAAUGUUUCUUUGGGCCUUCAGCAAUGCUUUUGAAAGCCAUGUCAAACCUCAUUUCAUUGCUUUUCUAAUAUCAGAUAGAUGAAUGUGCUUUCUGUUUAUAUUGCUUGUUUAUGAACCAUGGCAGUUAUUGCACAAAUAGUAAAAAAAUAGUGGAGAAACAAAAGAGGGGAUUUAAUUAAUAAAGAUUUUUUUUAAGUAGCAAAUGUUGAGGCUGUUACACAUGCAGGUUCUCAGAAUAUAAAGCAUUUGUUCCUCCUCUGUUUGCUUGCAUCAUGUGAGUGACAACCUGUUCUAGCUGAGCUCCUCAGCCUACGCCACACGUCCAUGAACUUCUUUGAAGUCUUCUGUUACAGGAGGUGCUUGUGAUACCAUAGGUAGAUAAAUCGGUGUUUUUGCAAGUUCCUGCCUACAGUUUCCUUUUGUCUGGCUCAAAUGCUACUAUUUGGUAAGACAGCUUAGAUUUCAACGAGGCUGCUCAUAUAAUCAGUAAGAUCAAAGACUGGAGGGCCAUCGUGCCAGGACUGUGAGCAGAAGAUUUCUUCAGUCAUGGCUGGAAACAUUGUCAGAAAACCUCUUGAGUUUAUUUUGAUCUUCACAGUUCACAUGGUUUUAAAUGGCCCUGGCCAAGCAAAGCAUAUCAGAGGCAUCCUUGGCAAAAACAUCACACUCCAGUUUGAUUUCAAUGCCAACAUCACGGAUAAAAGUAGCUUUGCAGUUUAUACAGAAGGACAAAAUAAAAUCUCUGAGUAUCCAAAUUUUAAGAGCAGCUUUAAAAUUUUACCUAACAAUUCUGUGCUUUACCACAUCAGAAAUCUAACUCUAGAAAACAGUAAAGUGUAUUGGAUGUGUUUGUUUCCGGAAUUUACAAAACAUAGUGGUAUACCCAUAACAGAAAGUAAUAAAGUGAAACUGAUCGUUCAAGAGGAUGACAGCAGCACUACAGUUGCUCCUGCAACAACUCAUGACAACCUCAUGACACCUUCAGACAAUGGAAGUUCCAGUUUAUUUUCUUCUAAUACCAUCACUUUCCUUGUGGUUACAUCUGCGGUGCUUUUAACUGCAAUACUUUCAUUCUUGAUCUGUUGUCUUGCGAAAACAAAAGACCAAGAAACAGAGCCACACAGAAAUUCCAAUCCCACGGUGCAGGAAACAAUUUCCUCUGUGGAGUUUUCCAUGAAUGUUCCUGGACCCUCAUUGGUCUAUAGUGUCCUGGACUUCCCCAAGAGACCUCCAACAGUUGUGGAAUUUAAUCCCAGUGACACAGAGUAUGCCUCUGUCAGCUACCUCCCAGAAAAGAGACAAAUAUAACACACAGCUAAUUGUAAAGCUCCUGAUCUUUUUUGGUUGAUGUCAUGGUUUGUUACACUGCUUGGCUGAAAAGAAGUUGCUACCUGGAUUAAACUAAGCAAAUAAGUAUGAGGCUUCUGUUGGAUAACUUCUGCAUGGGCAAUUAUCUCUCAGCUGACAAAAAAUUAUUUAUCUGAUGCCAUGAGUAGUCUCUCAUUUUUUAACAAACAUGUUAAAGCCACAUCCCGUGGUUGUGGCAACAAUAUUAUCAUUGGCAUGCACCAAGCAGAGAAAACAUCUAAGGAGAUGGCAGAAACUACAAAAAUUGGGUUAAGAACUCUCUAAAGCAUCAUUAAAAACUGGAAGGAUAGUGGGGAACCAUCAUCUUCCAGGAAGAAAUCCUGGAUGAUCUUGAUCCGCAAUCACUUUGGUGAAAUUAAAUAAAAGAAAAACAAUAGUAGAACUCAAAUUUAUGUUCAGUAGUGAAAGUAAAAGCAUUUCUACAAGCACAAUGCAAAGGAAAUUCAAGUGAUUGGGACUGAACAGCUGUCUAGCCAUGAGAAAACCUCCUGUCAGUGAGUUUAACUGGAGAAAAUUUGCUAGGUAGCUUAAAGAUUGAACUCUGGAGCAAUGAAAGAAGUCAUGUGAUCUGAUAAGUCCAGAUUCAUCCUAUUCCAGAGUGGUGGGAGCAUCAUGGUAGGAAGAGAGGCAGAUGAAGUGAUGCAGCCAUCUUGUCUAGUCCCUGCUGUAGCAUUGUGAAGAAAGUGCUAUGAUCUCAGGUUGUUGCAGUUGGUUACCUAUAGGUUAAGAAACAUUAUGUGCCCAAAGAAUGAGGUCAGCUGACUACCUGAAUAUACUGAAUGACCAGGUUAUUCCGUCAGUGAAUUUCUUCUUCCCUGAUGGUACAGGCAUAUUUCAAGAUAACUUUAAUAUGUAUUAAUAACAAGAAAAACUAAGCAGUUUGAGACUAUGUUCAUGUUUUGUGUUACAAGCAAGAUGGGGAAGCAAGUAAAGUAUUAAGACAUGUAUAAAAAAUGCAUGAACAGAAACAAAAAUAAUUAAUCUUCUGCUCUUUUACUCUUUUCUUAGUUCACCUUUUUUAAUAAACACAACUGAAGGGUUGAGGUGAAAUGAAACCGUUUUGGAGACACAAAUUUACCAUGUGUUUACAGAACAGUUGUUCAGUUCAAGAGUACUGUACAUUCACAGGUUAUACUUGUGAUUUUCCAUUGUUUUUUCUGCAUCUACAGCAGUUUUACAAAUGCAGCAACUAUCUGACACUAUCUCACUUCCCACUGCCUUGCAAAAAGUGAAAAGUUCUCUGUUUCCCAAUGCUCACUUUUUUUGAUAGAUUUGUCAGAUAAGAAGUACUGACCGAGUUCUCACUUCCAUGUAUUAUUGAUUGUUGUCAAAUGUGCAAUGCAGUUACACUCAUCCUACUUACUGUAUACUGGAAAACAAGCAGACUGGCAGUACAUCCUGGAUGUUGCUCAUUGUUCGGAAAAGAAAAUACCCAACAUAGAGAGUAAAUUAUGACUGUGGUGCAUGCUCAGUUUGUAAAAAUUUUAUCUGAAAUAAAGCUGCUGU